AUGGCCGAGGAAGAGCUGCAGGCCAAAUUGCGCGAGCUGGACCACGAGCUAGAGGAAGGUGACAUCACAAAGAAAGGAUACGAAAAGCGCCGGACGCUUCUGCUAUCGCAAUUCCAUGGCCAUGGCGAGUUGGACGCUUUAUCCUCGCCCGACCGCUCGCGUACUGCUUCGCUGGCAAACAUCUCUGCUGGUCCUUACGCCGCCGAUGACAGCUUCAGCAGUGCCCCGACUGCUGUCGAACGCACUGCCUCGGCAGUCCAAGGCCACUCGACGCCUGCUAGCAUGUACGGUUCCGACUAUGCCUUCAACCCAGAGCCGCAGUACAAUCACCUGCUCGCCCGCCAAUCCCACCAACAACCUUCGCCUGAUGUUCAAAGCCGCCUGAGCACCAUGUUGGACUCACAACAGGGCUUCUUCGACGACUUUGCUGGUCAGCAGAUGCAGGACCCGUCCCGCGAAGAGAGCUAUGGUGGUCCACAGCGCUAUUCUAUGGGCGAAGCCUUUUCACCCACCGCCAACAUCCCUCCUCCCUUGAUGUCUUCGAACGACAUGGAAUCAACCGCUCCCAUACAUCAGCUUCCUCUCGAGCCAAGAGAAGUGCCAUUUGCCGUUUACGAUCCUCACAACAAGUCGGUUCCCAUGUCCAACUUUGACAAUAUUGGCGCUGUUCUGCGUCAUCGCGCUAGAUCUAAUGGCCGUCAACCAGCAUAUUGGGUUCUCGAUUCCAAGGGCAAAGAAACUGCUUCCAUCACUUGGGAAAAGCUAGCCAGCAGGGCCGAAAAGGUCGCUCAAGUCAUCCGUGACAAGAGCAAUCUGUACCGUGGAGAUCGUGUUGCUCUGGUCUAUCGUGAUACUGAGGUUAUAGAUUUCGCUGUUGCUCUCAUGGGUUGUUUUAUCGCUGGCGUUGUCGCUGUGCCCAUCAACAACGUCGAUGACUACCAAAAACUUGGCCUUCUCCUCACUACAACUCAGGCGCAUCUCGCUUUGACUACGGAUAACAACCUCAAAGCUUUUCAUCGCGACAUCAGUCAACAGCGUUUGAAGUGGCCAUCAGGGGUUGAAUGGUGGAAGACAAACGAAUUCGGCAGCUAUCACCCAAAGAAGAAGGAUGAUACACCACCGCUUCAGGUUCCGGAUCUGGCCUACAUAGAAUUUUCCCGAGCUCCCACAGGUGACUUGCGUGGUGUUGUCCUAAGUCAUCGCACGAUUAUGCACCAGAUGGCUUGUGUCAGUGCCAUUGUGUCUACCAUUCCUACCAGUGACCCCGAUUCUGGAUUCAGAGCUCCUCCUGGAGCAAAAGCAGAGACCAUUCUGUCGUAUCUCGACCCGAGAGAAGGUGUCGGCUUGAUCCUCGGUGUACUCUUUGGUGUCUAUGGUGGUCAUACAACCGUCUGGCUCGAGGCCAAGACCGUUGACACACCCGGAAUGUAUGCGCAUCUUAUCACCAAGUAUAGGACUACUAUUAUGGUUGCCGAUUAUCCAGGCUUGAAACGGACUGCGUACAAUUACCAGCAGGACCCAAUGGCCACGAGAAACUUCAAAAAGAAUGCCGAGCCCAACUUUUCGACAGUCAAGAUCUGUCUGAUUGACACAAUCACCGUGGACAGCGAGUUCCAUGAGAUUCUAGCGGAUCGAUGGUUCAGACCCAUGCGCAACCCUCGUGCUAGAGAGUUGGUCGCUCCAAUGCUUUGCUUGCCCGAACACGGAGGCAUGAUUGUAUCUGUCAGAGACUGGCUCGGUGGCGAAGAAAGGAUGGGAUGUCCCUUGAGUAUCGACGACACUGAGCAUGACAAGGACGACGGGUCUGCAAACCAAGGAAAUUCAAACAACUAUUCUAGUCUGCUAGGUAGUGUCGGAGGUACUACGGCAAAGAAAGGACAGAAAAACAGCCGGAAUGAGUUGAGCGAGGUGUUGCUGGACAAAGAGGCAUUGAAGACCAAUGAGAUCGUCGUCUUGGCUAUGGGCGAAGAUGCUCGAAAAAGGGCUAACGAACCAGGAACUGUAAGAGCAGGUGCCUUUGGAUACCCCAUUCCGGAUGCAACUCUUGCUCUAGUCGACCCUGAGACUGGACUACUUUGUUCGCCUUUCACAAUUGGUGAAAUUUGGGUGGACUCCCCAUCUCUCUCUGGAGGUUUCUGGGCCUUGCCCAGACACACCGAAAGUAUCUUCCACGCCAGGCCUUAUCGUUUCGUCGAGGGAAGUCCUACGCCAGUCCUGGUUGAACCCGAAUUCUUGCGUACCGGUCUUCUUGGAUGUGUUAUCGAAGGCAAGGUGUAUGUGCUUGGACUCUACGAGGACCGCAUCAGACAACGAGUAGAGUGGGUCGAAAACGGCGUUCAAGAGCAUGAGCAUCGAUACUUCUUCGUCCAACACCUGGUUACGAGCAUUAUGAAGACUGUACCGAAAAUCUUCGAUUGUUCUGCAUUCGAUGCACAUGUCAAUGGCGAAUAUCUCCCAUUUGUGCUCCUGGAAUCUCAAGCUGCCUCUACGGCUCCCACUACCGCUGGUGGACCACCGAGGCAACUAGACAUCCCUUUUCUGGAUUCACUUACUGAGCGUGUCAUGGAAGUUCUUUACCAGGAGCAUCAUCUACGAGUUUACUGUGUCAUGUUGACGGCCCCAAACACACUACCACGUGUUGUCAAGAACGGCAGACGAGACAUCGGAAACAUGUUAUGCCGAAAGGACUUUGAUAAUGGAGCUCUGCAGUGUGUGUACGUCAAGUUUGGUGUCGAGAGAGCUGUCCAAAACUUACCAUUGGGCGAUGACCCUGCUGGUGGCAUCUGGUCACCUCUGGCCUCGCAAGCACGACAAGACCUCUUGAUGCUGCAAGACAAGCAAUACGCCGGCGUAGAUCACCGAGAAGUAGUCAUUGACGAUAGAACAUCGACUCCUCUGAACCAGUUUUCUAACAUUCAUGAUUUGAUGCAGUGGCGCGUUUCUCGACAGGCCGAAGAACUGGCUUACUGCACCAUUGACGGUCGUGGCCGCGAAGGCAAGGGCGUCAACUGGAAGAAAUUCGAUCUCAAGGUCGCAGGUGUCGCCACCUACCUGAAAAACAAGGUCAAGGUCCAGCCUGGUGACCAUUUACUACUCAUGUAUACUCACUCAGAGGAUUUCGUUUAUGCCGUACACGCCUGUUUCUGUCUGGGAGUAGUGGCUGUACCGAUGGCCCCCAUUGACUCUAACAGACUCCAUGAGGAUGCGCCAGCACUACUCCACGUCAUAGCCGAUUUCCGCAUCAAAGCUCUCAUCGUUAAUGCCGAUGUCGAUUCACUCUUGAGGCAGAAGGCUGUCUCGCAGCACUUGAAGCAGUCGGCAUUGAUAUUGAAGGUCAACCUCCCUAACAUUUACAACACCUCAAAGCCACCUAAACAGUCCCAUGGCUGUCGUGAUCUAGGAUAUACCAUGCGACCAGCAUGGGUAGCUCAAGGAUUCCCCGCUCUCAUCUGGACUUACUGGACACCGGACCAGCGUAGAAUUGCUGUUCAGCUCGGCCACGACACUAUUAUGGCAUUAUGCAAGGUGCAAAAGGAGACCUGUCAGAUGACGUCCACACGCCCGGUCUUGGGUUGUGUGAGAUCUACCAUGGGCAUCGGUUUCUUGCAUACAUGUUUGAUGGGCAUCUUCUUGGCCGCUCCUACAUACUUGGUCUCGCCCGUCGACUUUGCCGCAAAUCCAAAUAUCUUAUUCCAGAUAUUGUCACGCUACAAGAUAAAGGAUACAUACGCGACGUCGCAGAUGCUGGAUCAUGCCAUGGCUCUCAAUGCCGGGAAGUCGACCUCUCUCCUCGAGCUGAAAAAUCUCAUGAUUGCCACGGAUCAAAGACCACGCGCUGACGUCUACUCAAAAGUGCGUGUGGCAUUUUCUCAGUCAGCGCUUGAUAGAACUGCUAUCAACACCAUAUACAGUCAUGUGCUGAACCCUAUGGUUGCGAGUCGUAGCUACAUGUGCAUAGAACCCAUUGAGCUUUAUCUCGACACUAAUGCGCUUCGCCGAGGGUUAGUGGUUCCUGUUGACCCUGAUACAGAGCCAUUUGCGCUCCUGGUUCAGGACUCGGGCAUGGUACCUGUCAGUACGCAGAUCAGCAUCGUCAAUCCAGAGACCAAUCGGCUGUGUCUAGCAGGCGAAUACGGCGAGAUCUGGGUGCAAAGUGAAGCCUCUGCCCACUCCUUCUACGGCUCCAAAGAUGCAUUCGAUGCUGAACGCUUCAACGGUCGCACCGUCGAUGGCGAUCCUGGUGUGAGAUACAUGCGGACUGGAGACCUUGGUUUCCUGCACAGCGUCAGCAGGCCUAUUGGACCUGGUGGCAAUAUGGUUGAAAUGCAGGUUCUCUUCGUCCUCGGUGGAAUUGGCGAGACUUUUGAGGUUAAUGGUCUUCAACACUUCCCUAUGGAUGUCGAAGCCAGCGUAGAGAGGUGUCACCGCGCUCUGGUCCCGGGUGGAUGUGCGAUUUUCCAAGCCGGCUCGCUUCUAGUCCUGAUUGCCGAGUCUCGGACUCGUGCUUUCCUUGCAUCGAUCGUACCGAUGAUUGUAAACACAGUGCUCAACGAACAUCAGCUUGUCCUUGAUAUCGUUGCUUUUGUGCAAAAGGGCGACUUCCCACGAUCACGUCUUGGCGAGAAGCAACGAGGCAAGAUCUUGGCCAGUUGGGUCUCUCGCAAAAUGCGCACAAUAGCUCAGUUCAGCAUUCGCGACCCUGAUGCAGAGGGAAGUGUAGGCACAGCGGUGCCAAAUGAGGUUGCAGCUGGUAGGCGCAGCAGCGUACAGUCGGGUACUGCAGGCGCUGGCGCCUUCAGAGGAGGACCUGGCAGCAUCAAUCGCGCUCCCGGUACAGCAGGCAGCUCUUUGCGUCACGUGGAAAGUAUUUCACAGUUGCCAUUGGCCGAAGAGCCGCAUGCGUACGACAUGGCUUCCAUGCCACAGCCUCUCUACACGGAUGAGCUGCCGCGACCGUCGGCCGAAUUCUUACACAAUGAUGAUAACACACCCACCAACGAGCGGCCACGCAACCUUACAUUGAACACAACACUCGACUACUCUCCUGUAGAAGGUAACAUGAUUUACGGCUUCUCAGACGAGCAGGAUGUUGCAGGUGUGGCACCUGAGCAGCAUCAACCACCACCUCGAUCAGACUUUAGAGGGAGCUACGGUGGUGCACCUGACUCGCCUGAAGAAAUGCCAAUGCAAACAGGCGGAUUGCGAGUGGCCAACCGCACCAGUCUUGAUAGUGAUGAUGAUUGGUCGCAGGACGCAUUGAGGCAUUUGAAUCUGAAUGCAAGAUAA